AAAUAGAUAAAUAAGAAAAAAGAAAAGAAAAAACAAACAUAGGGAAGGGAGGACUUUGGGUGGUCAAGUCAGGUUCGUGAGUUUUCAGGUCCUUUUAAGACUACCCUUUUGCGUCUGAAGAGAGAUCCUAUUCCUUCUUAAAAACACUGACACCCAGAGAGACAAGAGACAACAAGUCAUAUCAUAUUCUCUCCUAAAUUUUCAAUUUUUUUCCUGAAAUUCAGACACAGAGACAGAGACAGAGACCAAAAACUAAAGGCAGGGAUGUGUGAGUUUGAAUUGUAGAUCUGGAAACGGUGUAGCAGUUUUCUUUGGCAUUGUAUUGAUUUUUCUAUGUUGGAAUCAAAUAACGCAUUUAUCUCCAAAAGGGAUAAAUGACAAAUGUAUCAGCAAAAGAGUGUUCAUAGUUCAAGCUUAGUUGGAAACAACUCAUUAGUUCAUGGUCAGCAUUUAGAUUGUGUUGCCAGCACGAUGGACCCAAUCAAUGGAGGUAACAACCUCAACAAUGCUAGUCUUGCCUCGAAGCAACGGUUGCGUUGGACACAUGAGCUUCAUGAACGUUUUGUUGAUGCUGUGGCACAACUUGGUGGGCCAGACCGUGCAACUCCUAAAGGUGUCCUCAGAGUAAUGGGUGUUCAAGGUCUAACAAUAUACCAUGUCAAAAGUCAUUUACAGAAAUACCGACUUGCAAAAUACCUUCCCGACUCCUCAUCAGAUGGAAAAAAAGCUGAUAAGAAAGAAACAGGGGAUAUGAUUUCAAAUUUGGAUGGUUCAUCUGGGAUGCAAAUUACUGAAGCACUCAAGUUGCAGAUGGAGGUGCAGAAGCGGCUGCAUGAACAAUUAGAGGUCCAGAGACAGUUGCAGUUACGGAUAGAAGCCCAGGGCAAGUACUUGAAGAAGAUAAUUGAGGAGCAGCAACGACUUAGUGGAGUUCUUUCAGAAACAACAGAUUCGGGGGUCCCAGUUCUAGCAUCAGGUGACAAUUGCCUGGAUUCUGACAAGACUGACCCAGCAACCCCUGCCCCAACCUCUGAGGCGCCCCUACUAGACAAGGCUGCCAAGGAAGGUGCCCCAGCCAGCCUUUCCAUUGAUGAAUCUUUCUCCUCUCACCAUGAACCAUUGACUCCAGAUUCUAGUUGCCAUGCUGGUUCCCCAACUGAGAGUCCUAGAGGUGAAAGGUCAAUGAAGAAGCAAAGAGUCAGCAUGGGUGGAGUGUAUGCUAAAUCAGAAAUGGUGCUUCCACAUCAGAUACUUGAGUCGAGCUUAAGCUCCUCUUACCAGCAACCUCAUUCUGUUUUCCUGCCUAGAGAGCAGUUUGAACCCUCAUCAGGGAUAUCAAUCAGGAAUGAAGAUCACAUGGAAAAGGUUGUGGGCAGUGGUGAUCUGUGAUUAUGCGCAGGCUAUAACAAUUUGUCUUGUAUUUUUAGUUUCUUCAGAGGAUGUAUCUCUAGUUAGACUUAGGCCAAACAAGCGUCACGAUAAAUGUUCUGUUAUAAUUAAGUUUUGGUGUCAAAGAACUUCCGUAGAGGCAUGAUGUAUCAUUAAAUUUAGAUAAUUAUUGUAAACAGGAGUGUCAGGAGAUUUGGUCCUAUUA